AUGAAGUUGGACACGUCCCAUAUGAGGUCUCUCACCUCGGACGACUUUCGGGUCUUGCAAGCCGUGGAGCUUGGUUCUCGAAACCACGAACUUGUCCCCACGCAAAUGAUCCACUCCAUCUCGGGGAUGAGAUCGCCAUCUGGUACACAGCGAGCUAUAGGCGACUUGGCCAAAUUGAAGCUCGUGGCGCGGCUCCGUAACGCCAAGUACGACGGGUUCCGUCUCACGUACAACGGAUACGACUAUCUUGCACUCAAAUCGAUGUUGAAUCGAAAUACCUUGUAUUCCGUGGGCUCAACCAUUGGAGUAGGUAAAGAAUCGGAUAUCUUUUCAGUGAGCGACCCACAGGGAGUGCAAAAAGUGAUCAAAAUACAUCGAUUGGGCCGCACGUCUUUCAAGACGGUCAAGAACAAUAGAGACUAUUUGAAGAAUAAGCAAACGUCCAACUGGAUGUACUUGUCGAGAUUGGCUGCUGCUAAGGAAUACCAAUUUAUGCAAAUCUUGCACGAAAGCGGCUUCAAUGUGCCGGAGCCGUUCGAUAACUCGAGACAUUGCGUUAUGAUGGAGUGGAUCAAGGGUAUCCCCAUGAAACACCUCAACUCGUCCAACAUAGGACUGAUGGACUACAAGAAGUUGUAUUCUGACUUGAUGAACUUUAUCGUGAAAUUGGCCAAGCACGGAUUGAUCCAUUGCGACUUUAAUGAAUUCAACAUUAUCAUCAGGAACGAAGAAGACCGCGCGGCAAAAGGCGAUGAUUUCGUCGUUAUUGAUUUCCCGCAGUGUGUCUCGAUUGAACAUGACGACGCCAAGGCGUACUUUGAUCGAGAUGUAGAAGGGAUCCGUGAUUUUUUCAAGAAAAAAUUCCGAUACGAUCCGCAACACGACCCAACGAUGCUUGAUACUGAAGGCUACGGAGACGGCUACAAGUAUGCUUAUCCUAAUUUCAAAAGGGACAUUAUCCGUGAGGCUCAUUUGGAUAAAGAUGUGCAAGCCUCGGGCUAUGCCAAGAAGAAAACUGGUAGGCAAGAAGAUAAAGAUUUGGAGAAGGCUGUCUUGGGGAUGAGGAUAGCUACGAACGAGGAUGAUGAUCUUUCUGAAUUUGAUAGUGAAGACGGUUAUGACAAUGAUGAUGAGGAGGAGGAGGGAGAGGAGAAUGAAGAUUAUGAGGAUGAUGAAGGCGAUGACUUUGAACACGACAAUAGUGCCAACAACGAUGAUGAGGAGAAUGAGAAGAUCAUAGAGGCGAUAUCGGCGGGGGUUGAAAACUUGAAAAUGGACAAGCUCGGAAACUACAUACUAGAGUAG